GUACCUCGAUUAUCAAUACAUGGACAUACAAUAUGGAAGUCGAUUGAAAAGCAAUGAAUAACAAGAAGUCUUGCACGAUUUUCACCGCCUCCAUAUGUUGAUAUGUGACAUAUUAACGUAGAGAAAGAGUUUCAGGAAUGUCUACUUAGUAACUUGGAUACCAAAAGAGGACCAGAAGUGUUUAAAUUGCCCUGAAUAUAUUAUGCAGUUCAAUGACCAAGCGAACGACAAACUUUUCGAUAAAAAUUGCCAACAUGUGUCAAAUAGCGGAGAAAAUAUCAGCGUUAAUGAACGGAAAGAAAGCUCUUUAAAUCAUUCAAAGAACUCAAAGAGUAUAGGAGAGAAAUCUUUGACGAGAGACGACGCGACGAUAAUUUGUCGUGAAAAAGGUAUGGGAGAUCGUAAGAUUCAAGAAGUUAUGAGCAAACUCAAAGUUGGAGGGGAUAUUUCUUUGGAUUGUUUAGAAGAAUUGCUACGCGAAUUUCCCCAAUCAAAAGACGAUAAAAGCGUCGGAUCGUGCUCAAAUGAAGAAAAUUUACGUGACACUUCAGACAUAAGAAACGAUGUGUCGACAACGGACAUUUCGAAUACUUCAUCUACGCAAACAAAUAACAUAAGUAGAGGGACAAAUUUCUUAGAGUUGGCAAACACGUUGCAUUUCGCCGCCCUUGCGUCUUUGAAGAGUGAAAUCAACGAUCUUACCAAACAAGUAAAGACAGUGACGUCAGAAAGAGAUUCAUGUCGUCGCGCGCUUAAAGAGACUAGAGACGAGAAAGAUCGACUCUGUAACACGUAUGAGGAACGGUUGCACGAACAGGACCAACAGAUCACUGAGCUACAAAGUGUAAUAGCGGAGCUGAGAAGGAAACUUGAUCAAACCUCUGUUAAUUGUAUCGCUGAAGAGGACGAGGAAGAAGAAGGCACCCAUAGCUCUGAUGGAGAUGGCGAUUCUUCAAACGCCUCUCAAGGCGGAAGUGAUCCUGAGGAUACGGAUACUGCUGAAGUGUUCGAGCUCAACGAACAACGAGCGACAGACUCCGAUCAUAUUGAUGACGCACAUUUUAAUACUUUAUCAAAAACCAAUCAAAAACUUCAAACUCUCGGUCAAAGCGCCUCGAGUCCUGUAAACGAUAAAGCAAACGAUGUGAAACAAUUGGAGUUGAGUCGUGCCAUCUUUUUGCAACUCCAGAAGAAAUUGACUGAACUCAAGGAUCAAUGUCAAGAAUUGGAAAAGAGAAAACAUCAAAUUGAGAAACAGAUACAACAGGCCAGCGUGGUUGAUUACGUUAAUCGAAAAGCAUCUGGUGAAGGCGGACAGGAACAAAUGUUGAACAUGUCAAGAGAACGUGAAGCAAUGAAGUCUCAAAUAAUGAAAUUGGAGCAAGAUCUCGAGAGAAGUAAAACUUUAGUUACUUCUCUACGAGAAGAAAGAGACAACUGGCGAAAAAAGUAUCAAGAAUGGAGUAAACAUCACUCCAUGUUAAAUGGUUCACGACAAGAGAUCAGCGACCCUUCUCCUCCUCGUGCCUGUCGAUCUAACAGCAAUUCGGCUUUCACACCGGUGAACUCACAGUCUCAACAAAACGUCUCCCCUCGUGUUCAACGACAAAACAAUUCAUCGACGCCGAACUCCCCGGGAUCGCAACGUCACAGCCUCAACAGAUCAUGGACAUUGGGUGAAAGUCCCGGAUCGUCUUUAAAAUCUAUCAAAAACUCACCUCCGGGUAGCGUAAAAUCUGGACAAGGUAGUUGGAAGAAAGUAUCCAGUGAUUUGGGAUCAUCCGUACACAGUUGUCCUGAUGCUGUACUUAUGAGUCGUAGAGGAAACGAAGAGGAUAAUGAAUUAAGUGAAGGACUCACCGGAGAGAAAUUGAUCAAAAUAUUACAUCAACUUCCAGAAUUCGACAAAAUGCCAGAAUCUUUAGUAAACACCCUUCAGUCGUGUCAAACGUUGCGCGAUGUUUUUCACGCGUUGCACACUCACUGGACCCAGCAAUCCUGCGAACAGGUGCACGAGUAUCAAAUCGAAGCCGAAAGGCUGCAGGCGAAACUUGAACACGUUCGAGCUCAAAACAAUGUCAUCGCUUUAUCAAUGGACGAGAGCAAAAAUAACAGUGAACAGUUGUCUUUAUUAAUUGGCAAAUAUGAAUCUCAGUGCUUGGCUUUGCAAGUGGAACUUGAUCUCUGUGAUCGUACAAUCGACGCUUACGAAGCGUUUGUAUAUUUACUAGAGAGCGAACAUGAAGUAUUGAAUGUUAAUUGUAAUGCUGACGGCAUUGACUUAUAUCGCUAUCGUUCGUUAUCCCGAGGUGGCAGCGAAUCAAGACUUCGUUGUCCGGACAUCUACGAGGAUGAUGAUGAUCGUAUGGCAUCGGGAUGUUACGAACGUCGUAGACAUGCUGAGAGUCAAGCGAGAGCUUUAUUAACCAGAUACGAUAAAGGGUCUGAUGGGAACGUUUCAACUGGGGCUAAUCGCCCAUGGGAGGAACUAUCUUCUUUGAGUCGUACUAGUGCAACUAGCUCUACAGGCUCAUCUGCUGAUUUGGACUUUGGUAAAGAAGAGGAAGGCAGGCUCAGGGCUUAUUUAUCUAGAUUAAAGGAUGAACGAGAUACAGUAAGAGGCACUUUAAUGGAACUUCAAAGUGUUCACGAUAUUUUAUCGCCUGUGGCAAGGAUUGAGUUGGACACAUUGGAUGCCAAGCUAGACUUGGAAAACGCAGUGUUAUUGCAAGAACUUAUGGCUCUUAAAGAAGAGAAAGCCGAACUGCGAGCAAAGGUUUAUUUAACUGAGAAAGAGAAGAAAGCAGUCGAACUUCAACUAACAUCGAGAGAAGCACAAGAACAGGCCUAUGUCGUGCACAUUGAGCAUUUAAAAACUGAGCUCAAAGAUCAAAUAAGAAAACGACGAAAGGUCGAGGAGACAGCAAGAGCCAUUCGGGGAUCACAAAGCACUGAUGGCGAGCUAUCCAAUGCGUCAGCAACUCCUGCCAUAACUCUGGCAGAAUUGCGCACGAGCGAUGAAGACAUUCCAGCAGAUUUGUAUGAGGCCGCACGACGCGAGAAGAAAUUGAAAUCAAGAAUUCGCGAGCUUGUCGACACGUUGGAGAAACAGUCUAAAAGUACGGAAAGCAGACAUCAACAGACUGGCGAAUAUAUUUCUGAUCUAAAAAGAGCGAACGGAGCAUUAGUUGCUGCGUAUGAAAAGGCGAAGAAGAAACACACCACAAGAGUUAAGAAAUUGGAAUCUCAAAUGAUGACAAUGAUGGAAAAACACGAAAAACAAAUCUCCAGUCUAAGAGAAAGAAUAGCAAUGCAAGAAGACACAGGCAUGACCCAUCCUAACGAAACGGCGCUAUGAAAGCAAGAAUGAAACUAAAUACAGAAGAAUAUUUUAUAGCUUACGCGUUUAGUAGUAUAUAAUGGGAUAAUUAUAUUUAAAUAGAAAAUAAUUUUUUAAAAAAUUUAUUGCUUCAUUACGACUGUCAAAAGGUAUUUUAGUAAAACACAUAACAAUUGACCGUAAAAUAUGAGCUUGUAUAAUAUAAUUCUGUAAACAUUAUUUAAGAAUAAAAAGAUGUUUACUGUGUUUGCACAGGCUUAUGCAAACCGAGGAGACCUUUGGGAGAACUCGAGAGCAGAUCACUGCAAGACCGAAGAUCGAGGUUUGCACAUGCUCGAGAGCUCUCACAAACGUUUCCGAGGUUAGCAUAAGUCAGUGCAAACACCAAAAACCUCUUUUAUUUCUUUUCUAAAAUAAAAUAAUGCGAACAAGA